CUAUAUAUUUCCGUUAGAUGGCAGCACCGAACGUAAACAAACGUGUAGUUUCGUCCGGGUGUUUUCAAGACAUUUAUCAUAGAUUAAAGUAAUGCUGAAUAUUUAUCAGGGAUUUAUGAAAUAUUAGGAAUUCUGAUAGAAAUUUAUGCGUAUUGAUUAAGAUUUCAAUAAUGUUAAAAUCAAAUUGGGGAGAUCUUCCAAUGAUACCAGACACGGAAUCUGGCAUCGCUGCUAUUGAAAGAGAACAAAUAACAAAACCAAGGCCUGUUCAGGUAGAAGGAUCAAAGCUACAUCAUCCUUCAAGAAAUGAACCUGUUAUGUCUCAUUCACUUCCAGCAGAAUGCAGUUCUAUAGAUGAUUUAACAUUACACACAAUUAAGUUAAUCCAAUAUAACAAGAAGAUAAAAUCAAUGUUAAAUACUUUGCAUUCAGAUUCUCAGAAGUCUGUGGAAGAUGGAAAUCAUAGUUAUCCUGCAGCUCCUCCAAUGCCUGAACUUCCAGAAUCAGUAAUGGUUCAUUAUAUGAAAAGAGAAAUUGCAAGUGACAGAGAAAGUGAUUUUGUGUAUGGAAGAGGAAAAUCUCCACCAGAAUUAUCUUUUCCUAUUAUGCGUCAAAUUUUGAGGAAGUCAGUUGCAGCAAUUUGUGCACAUAUUGGAUUUGAUUCUGCAACAGAUACAGUAUUAGAAACUCUAACAGAUAUUGCUCAUGAACAUAAUUUAAGGAUAUGUCGUCUUCUCAGGAUGGGUGUGGAUAGACAAGCUUUGACAGGAUAUACUGGAUUUAUAGAUGUAAUAGAACAAGUUUUUCAUGAAGCUGGCAUUGGUAGCAUAACAACAUUACACAAUUUUUAUCAAUCUAGAAUGAUUGAUUAUCAUAAAUUUCUGUUUCAAACUUGUCAACAACUUUUAGAAGAAUAUGAGAGAUUAAGAACUCCAGAAAUGAAAACAGAUCUAAGUUCUAAACCUAUAAAAAUAAAAGAUGAGCCAAUGUCAGAAAUAAAUUUUCCUGUGAAUGAAGAAAUUGAGGAAAGUGCAAUGGAUGAACCUCAUACACCUUUGCAACUAGAAGAACUUCCAAGUGCUUUACAAACUUUGGAAACCGAAGGUUCUGCAACUAUGAAAGACGAAGAAAAUAUGAAAUGGCCUGGGCAGAAUGUUAAAAAAGAAGGCUCUGAAUCUACUCCUAACCUUGAUCCAGAUGAUGAGAUUGAUGGUAGUGAUUCUCCUACAUCUUCAAUGGUUAGUGACAUUGAUAUGUCUUCACAAGGCAUAAAUUCUAUCGGAGUUACUGACAUAUCCCCUGGUAUUGAAUGCACUCGUAUUGGAAAACCCCCAAAGAAAAAGAGGAAAAAGAUGUAACCUGAAUUCUUUGUGAAAUAAUAAUAAAUAAAAUCUACAGACUAUUCUUUUAUUAUUAUACAAUUUUACAUUCAAAAAUUAUUUACACAAUAUUUUUUACAAUUUAACCUGUC